AUGGCAAACAAGAUAAGUGAGACAGGUUCAAAGAUGGAUGAUUAUGAAGUCGUGGAACAGAUCGGAAGAGGCGCUUUCGGUUCUGCUUUUCUUGUGAUUCACAAGUCCGAGAGAAGAAGGUAUGUAGUGAAGAAGAUUCGUUUAGCUAAACAAACAGAGAGAUGCAAGCUUGCUGCGAUCCAAGAGAUGAGUUUGAUAUCAAAGCUUAAGAGUCCUUAUAUUGUGGAGUACAAAGAUUCAUGGAUUGAAAAGGAUUGUGUAUGCAUUGUAACUAGUUAUUGUGAGGGUGGAGACAUGACUCAAAUGAUAAAGAAAGCUAGAGGAGUAUUCGCAUCCGAAGAAAAACUAUGCAGAUGGAUGGUUCAGCUACUGUUGGCUAUAGAUUACCUUCAUAACAACCGAGUUCUUCACCGUGACCUUAAGUGCUCCAACAUAUUCCUCACCAAAGAAAACGAGAUUCGACUAGGUGACUUUGGCCUUGCAAAACUUCUAGGCAAAGAUGACCUCGCUUCCUCGAUGGUUGGGACACCAAACUACAUGUGCCCUGAACUUCUUGCAGAUAUACCUUAUGGUUACAAAUCUGAUAUUUGGUCUUUAGGUUGUUGUAUGUUUGAAGUAGCUGCACAUCAACCAGCCUUCAAGGCUCCUGACAUGGCUGGACUCAUCAACAAGAUUAACCGCUCUACGCUUUCUCCUCUACCAGUCAUGUAUUCCUCUUCAUUAAAAAGACUGAUUAAAAGUAUGUUGCGCAAGAACCCUGAACAUAGACCAACUGCUGCAGAAUUGUUAAGACAUCCUCACUUACAGCCAUAUCUUCAACAAUGCCAAAAUCUGUCUCCUGUUUUCAAACCGGUUGUUUCCAAAUCAGAACACAACACCUACGAGAGCAGAACAGGCGAGACCCGUCUCCCUCCAAAGAACGGUACUCCGAAAUCCGCGAAAACAUCCAUUAAACAUAACCAAAUAGUAACGGAAGAAGCAGAGGAAAGAGAGAAGGGAAACAAGAACGCAAGCUCUUGUUCAAAAGAGAAAGAGAGACCAGCAAAGAGCCAAGAAAUGUCCUUGAUCAGCACGUUAACGCUGCUACGCGAGUUUCAGAAGAAGAGCCCGAGGAGCGAGGAGAGAGCAGAAGCAUUGGAGUCUUUGCUUGAGCUUUGUGCAGGUUUACUUAGGCAAGAGAAGUUCGAUGAGCUCGAAGGAGUCUUGAAGCCAUUUGGAGAUGAAACAGUUUCAUCAAGAGAAACCGCGAUUUGGCUUACCAAAAGUCUCAUGAAUGUAAAGAGAAAGCCAAACGAUGAUGAAACCAAUUCUUGA